AUGCCCUCGAUACCAUCUGCCGCAGAUCGCAUCAACGUCGCGAAUCACCAUCACCUGAAUCCGACCGUCUGGCUCCCGAGAGCGGCCAGAGUUAGUCCGAAUGCUCCCGCGGUGCUUCAUCAACACGCCGAUGGAAAGACUGUGAGAAGAAACUACAAGCAGUUGAGUGAGCGCGCUGUCGCGCUUGCGCACUGGCUGUUGCAGACAGAGGAGUGGAAGAGAGGAGAGCGUAUGGUUGGGAUUAUCUCGCCGAAUACGCCGAUGGUUUUGGAGCUUUACUAUGCUAUUCCUGCUGCAGGUGGGAAGAUGGCUGGGAUUAAUUAUCGGUUGACGAGGGAGGAGGUGCAAUAUAUCAUCGAGCACAGUGGAUCGUCCCUCAUCUUCAUUGAUAAGGAAUAUGCACACCUUGUGGAGGGAUACUCUGGUCCGAAGAAGCUUCGCGUCAUUGAGGACAGUGACGUCUCGGCUCUCACGGGUGCUUACGAGGACUGUGUCAAGCAAGGCGAGAAGUAUCACCAAGAACUCGGCGCUACAGGCUGGACCGGCCUCUGCGUUGACAAAGUCGACGAAAACGAGACGUUCGGUUUGUUCUACACUUCGGGAACUACCUCGAAGCCCAAGGGUGUUGAAUUCACUUACCGUGGUCUCUACUUGACCGCCCUCUCCAACAUUAUUGAGGGAUCGCUGAAUAUUGCCGAUCCGGAUGGUGUACCGACGUGUCGGUACCUCUGGAUCUUGCCGUUUUUCCAUGCUGGUGGAUGGACGUAUCCUUGGGCUGUGACCGGUGCUCGCGGUGUACAUAUCUGCCUUCGUAAGGUCGAUUACCCAUUGAUCUGGAGAUACCUACUCGAGGAGGGCGUGACGCAUUACUGUGCUGCACCGGUUGUGAAUCAGCAUAUCGUGGCUUCCCCAUUGGCCAAGAAGCUCGACAGAAAUGUGAACGUUAUCGUUGCCGCUUCGGCCCCGUCUGCGCAGCUCUUCAAGGAUAUGGCGAAGAUCGGACUCAAGGCGAACCAUGUCUACGGAUUAACCGAGACAUAUGGUCCCGUCACGAGGAAUUUCUUCCAACCUGAGUGGAGGGAUCUUCCGGGGGAUGAGAUGUACGCCAACAUGGCCAGACAAGGAAGUUCCUACCUCACUGGCAUGGACUGUCGCGUCGUGGAGACCGGCAAAGUCCCCUUAACUGACGUUCCAAAAGACGGAAAGACAAUCGGUGAGAUCGUCUUGCAGGGUAACCUCAACGCAAAGGGCUACUACAACAACUCCAAGGCAACCGAAGAAGCCUUCGCCGGCGGCGCAUACCACACCGGGGACCUCGCCGUAUGGUGGGAGGACGGGUCAGUCCUUAUCAUGGACCGCGCAAAAGACAUCAUCAUUACCGGUGGUGAGAACGUCUCUUCUAUCGAUGUGGAGGGCGCGAUCCUAACUCACCCCUCCGUCCUCGAAGUCGCCGUGAUCGCUAUCCCUGACCCACAGUGGGGUGAGGUUCCGAUGGCGUUCGUUGUGCCCAAGGAGGGAAAGACAAUUGACGAGGCGGAGGUGUUAAAGUAUGCGAAGGGUCGGAUGGCGGGUUACAAGGUUCCGAAGAAGGCGAACGUUGUGAAGGAGUUGCCGAAGACGAGUACAGGGAAGGUGCAGAAGCAUGUGUUGAGGAAGCAGGUUGUUGGGAAGUGA